AUGUUUUUUUCCUUGAAGUCAGUUUGUCCGAUCGCCAUAAGACACGGAAUCGCUUCGUCAAGUUAUACUUAUUAUCUUCAGAAUCCUCGGAAAAUUAUAGUCGGCCUUAUUUGCUAACUCAAUGUGGAUUUUGCACUAUGACUCGGCUGAUGAACAAUGAAAGAAUAGCUGAUGCCGCGCGGCAUCCUGUUUGCCUGUAACACUAUUGACUAUCAGGCGGGCGAAGCCGUGGACUUAUUCUAGUAAGUAAGAAGUUUGCAUUUUUGGGAAAUAUCCCAUUUGAAUUAAUAAUCUAAUUGUGUGCCCUUAAAAUCAUAACGUAUUGUUUUUCUAUUGAUGAGCUUGUCUACUUGUAAUAAAACAUUAAAACCAGUCAAAAUCAACAAACAUGCUAAGAGUAAGGAGUGCCCAUGAAUAUUGCCAUAAUUAAACUGAAAGGAAGAAUGAAAACUGAUUCCGGUCCUGAGAUAAGAUGACGCCUCAACGCUUCCACGCUAUAAGGACCGAUACAUUGGCAUAGACUAGUAGUGCUUCGAACAUGUUUCGUUGAGAGUCUAGUUACCGCGUGAUAUUGGCUGAGGUGAAUAAAAGAGAGUAAAUGCUUUUACUUUAUAAUUUUAAAGUAAAUUCUUGGUAGUAAGAGUGAAUAACAGCAAUAGAAAACUUGACGUAUUAAGUAAAUAUUUUCAUUUUCGCAAGCAUUUAUGA